AUGGUGAUCACUUCGCUUGGCUUUCUUCCUAGUCACCAUGAUUCGGCUUUAUUUGUCAAGGGUACAACAGCAGGACGCAUUCUUCCAUCCUUGUAUGGUGAUGAUAUGAUUAUUAUAGGUGAUGAUCACGAUGGUAUUGAAUCAUUGAAGUCUGAGUUAGCACACUCAUUCUCUAUGAAAGAUUUGGGCAUGCUACGUUAUUUUUGGGGAAUUGAGGUAGCUUAUUCUCCAAAAGGUUAUCUCUUAUCUCAAUCUAAGUACAUUGCUAAUUUGUUUGAGCGUGCUCGACUAACUGACAGCCGAAUUGUUGAUACACCCCUUGAGACCAAUGUUAGAUACUCUUCGUCCGAUGGCACUCCUUUGGAGGAUUAUGGUAUGUAUCGUACCAUUAUUGGCAGUUUGGUUUAUCUUACUGUAACUCGACCAAACAUUGCGCAUGCAGUUCAUGUGCUUAGUCAGUUUGUCACUACCCCUACUACAGUUCAUUGGGCUACUGUUCUUCGUAUUCUCAGGUAUCUUCAGGGUACUCAAUUUCAUAGUCUCAUGCUUCCUUCCACAUUUUCAUUAGAGUUGCGUGCCUACUCUGAUGCGGAUUGGGCUGGUGAUCCUAUGGACCGCAAGUCGACCACUGAAUAUUGUAUUUUCCUCGGUGAUUCGCUUAUUACAUGGAAGAGCAAGAAACAAGAUGUCAUCUCUCGGUCUUCUACAGAAGUUGAGUAUCGUGUCAUGGCCUCGUGA